CUGCUGCAAAACAUGUGACCAUUGACAUUUGAGCUUCAGACAGUCCCAAGUCCAAAGUAAAUACCUAAUUAAAUGUGGACAUUCAGCAUGUGAACAAAUUACUCUGUUUAGGGAUUGAUCUGCACAAAAUUGCAGCCAGUUCCAUCCUUCUCUUUUUGGACAGGAUGAAUUAGAACAUCAAAGCUUUCAGUGAAGAUGUGUAUAAGAAGGAUAUGAAGGGAUCCUAUCAACCUUCUGUUGUAUUAUGAUAUUUUCCUCACACAAACCGGACUGGAUGAAAAGAUAUGUGUCCUGUGUCCUUGGCUGUCCUUAUGAAGGAAAUAUCUCCCCAACUAAAGUUGCAGAGGUGGCCAAGAAACUCUAUUCCAUGGGUUGUUAUGAGAUAUCCCUGGGGGAUACCAUUGGUGUAGGAACACCAGGCAGCAUGCGAGAAAUGCUGACAGCUGUAAUCAAGGAGAUUCCAGUCAGUGCAUUAGCUGUACAUUGUCAUGAUACUUAUGGCCAGGCUCUUGUCAAUAUUUUUGCAGCAUUACAGAUGGGAAUUUCAACAGUGGACUCAUCAAUAGCUGGCUUGGGUGGCUGUCCUUAUGCACAAGGUGCAUCUGGAAAUGUGGCAACUGAGGAUGUAGUGUACAUGUUGAAUGGGCUGGGAAUUCACACUGGAGUGGAUCUGCAUAAGUUAUUGGACGCUGGUGGAUAUAUCUGCAGAGCCCUAAAUAGGAAAACCAGCUCUAAAGUUGCUCAGGCUUCUUGCAAAUUGUAGUAAUCAGUAAACUGUUAUAUACGACUGAAUGGAUGGAAGAAUAGACAAGUACUGUAAACAUUUUCCACCCUACACUUCCCUGUUGUAAUUCCUGAGUGUAAUAUUGGGCUGAUUCUGAAACGUAUUUGUUUAAUCACUUGUUUCUCUUAAAGACCUUCAAACAUCAUCUGUUCAUUAUCUGUGCUUUUUCCCAAAAUGCCCCUUGUAAUUACCUAAAGAUUUUCCUUCCAUAUUCCAAGUUGUUUCAUCUCUUGCACUUAAGGUCAACAACCGAGUGCUUUUGCAAAGGCUGUACUGAGCUAACUCCUUUCUGGAUGGCAUGGUGGCUCAGUGAUUAGCACUGUUGCCUCACAGCACCAGGGACCUGGAUUUGAUUCCAGCCUUGGGUGACUGUCUGUCUGGAGUUUGUAUGUUCUCCCCACGUCUGUGUAGGUUUCUGCUGUGUGCUCCAGGUUCCUCCCACAGUCUAAAGAUGGUGCAGGUUAGGUAGAUUGUCCCGAUGUGCAGGCUAGAUGGAUUAACGAUGGUAAAAUGGGGUUUUGGGGAUAGGGGCUGGGGCUGGGGCUGGGCCUGGGCCUGGGUGGGAUGCUCAUCGAAGGGUCAUUGCAUACUCGAUGGGUCGAAUGGCCUUUUUCUGCACUAAGGAUUCAGUGAUUCUACGCCAAAUGUGUAAAGUUAUCAGAAAAUUUUCACAUGUAUUUUAGAUUCUGAAAGUAUUGAUAUUUUUCAUUGAUCCAAUUCUCAAUAAUUUUCCUCUUGAUCCAAAAAUAAAAUUCUCAAAGCAUUUCUGUAUUUUCAGAGUUGACUGUAGUAAUUUUUCUAAAGUUAUAAAUGAAUGAGGAAACUGAAGAAAAUUAAACAAAUAUUGUUAUAUUUUAA